CGGUUAUGAGCUGUAUGACAAAACGAAAUGUUUCAACGCGGAACAUUUAAGGUCAAUUUUUAAACUAUACGGUAAAUUUCAUGCUGUUUCUUUUUCUAUAGAGAAAAGUUUACCGGAGGCCUUCAAAAGCGGUACAAAAGGUACAAGAGAACAUUUUUGUUACAUUCACCAACAUACCUGAAAAAGUAUUACAUGAUAUGAAGAAACCUUUUGAAAAAGCGGUGGCAAAUCUGGAGUCUGAAGGCAAGGAGGUGAUUUUUAAAAAAGUCUCGUACGUUGUGGAGAAUAUGAAAGAAGUUUAUGAUAAAUGCUCUCGUUAUAACGGAAAGCAUUCCUGCAUUAUACACGGAGAUUGCUGGUCAAACAACAUGCUGUUUAAGUACAACGAAUCUGGAGAACUAGACGAUGUGAAACUUGUAGACUUUCAAUUAACCAGAAAGACAACUCCUAUCCAUGACCUGUCCUAUUUCUUUUAUUCGGGAGCUUCAAAAGAAGAUUUCGACAAACUGGAUGAAUAUUUAGAAAUAUACCACGAGAGUUUUUCACAAUUUUCCCAGGAACUAGGAUUUCGUGGCGACGAUUUGUUGCCUUUGAAUGUGUUGAAAGACGAAUGGAAAACAUAUUCGAUGCUGGGCGUUUUCAUGGGUAUUUUUUUGUGGGAAUUGAAGCUCAUUCCUAAAGGUGAUGCCAAAAAUAUCGGCGAAAACAAUCAAAGUUUGGACGAAACUCAGAUUCGAGAAAAAUGGAGGGUGGUUUUGGAAAAAGUAUUUAAAGAUGAACGAUUUAAAACGAGGACGAAAGAUAUUUUAUUACACGCUGUAGAGUAUGGUAUUAUUUAAUAAAGAUAGUGAUAAAUA